AUCAGUAGACGUUUGACUUUCGAACGGUACUGGCCGUUGCGAGGGAAAGGCGCUGUCAAAGACACAAAUUAGCGCCAUUUCUCGGUGAAACAUUUUGACGUUUUUGAAGUUAUUUUUAGUGAUUCGGUGAUGUUUAUAUCGAGUUUCUUUUAAGUUUAUAAUUUAAUGCAGUAGUUAUUGAUACAAGAAUUUGAAUAGCAGGACUCGAUUAUAAUAAAUGCAUUUAUUUAGGCAUGUGAUAGUGUUAAAGUGAAAGUGAUAUAUAUUUGGAUGUUUUAAAAAUGCAAUCCCCUUUGUGUUUAAGGGUUGGACUGGUUUUAGUGUUCGGAGUUUUAAUAGAUAUAACGCAGCCACUUUGCGUGUUGGAGUCUGACUUUGGUUUCAAGAUCAACUGCGCCUUCAAGAAAUCGGGACUCUUCAGGGUACGGAAUCUAGGGGGUAUUAAAGCGCAUGCAAGUCUUGGGUUCAGUCUAGGAGAUGAGCUCGGUUUUGAGCAGUCGCUAACAAACUUAGACACGAGCAGAAGAAGAUCUGUUAGCUUCAAGAAUGGCGCGCCGAAUGUUAUUGUUGAUUCCUCCAAUAGGACGCCUGCUAAGCAAGAGAAACGUGGUAAACAGAACAGAAUCAUGAUGAGACCAGUGUCCUCGGCUGCCCGUCCGAACCAAGCCGCAAUGGACAAGUUGUCCAGUUUGCACCGCCGUGUUUCCAGUACAAUGCAGCCCAUUGUUGUGCCCACGAUAGCCUCGCCCAACACCAUGACCAUGGCCAAGCCCACGAUAACACUGGCCAAGCCCAUGCCAAUGGGAGUUCCACCGUUCAGACCAUUACCACCCAAAGAAGAUACGCUAAAAGUUCUGCCAAUAGCAUCAACUCAAGCAUAUUCGCCGCUUGCAGCACCGCAGUCGAAAGGACCCGGACUCGCCUAUCCAAGUGAGAACACACAUUCAUCACAAGACAACAUAUCAAAAAUGGUGUCACAUAUGACAGCAAUUCAAUACGGACAGCCAUUCCUAUCGAGCAUCACUCCAACCCCACUCAUUAAUACACGCAUCUAUACCGCACCCACUCCAGUCAACCCAUUCGUUCCAAUGCCAGUAGCGGCACCACCCACACAAGCCAUAUCAGUAGUACCCGCACCAGGCUUUCAUAACUCGCAAUUUCCAUCUGACACUAACUCGAAUUCUUUCCGAAAAACCAUCAAUCCUUUUUCUAACUUUGUAGACCCCCAAACCCAAGAAGCGAGUCAAUAUCCAAAUACGAAGAAAGUGGACGACUACAACACAAUAUCAGGUUACGGAGAUGAUACAGCGCUGAAGUUCAGUAAAGAAGAUAUAAAUGAGAAAAUAGCUGAGAUAGCGAAAGCGGGUAAUAUUUCAAUGGAAGCAGUGGAAGCGGCGAUCGCAUUGAGGCAGCAGCAAUUGCUGAACAAGUACGCCAACAUACCGAUCCCGACGACGCCGUCAACAUCAACCACCACGACCGAGGAUCUCCCGGUGUUUCAAACACAACCGGAACCUGAAAUUGUCGUAGCAUCCGUACAGCAGAAACCAAAGAGAAAUCCAACAACUGGCAAGGUGAUGAAUGCCCCGCGAGAGUAUUACCCAGUCGGCUACGAAAAGAACUUCGACGACCAUUUUCAGUCCAAAGUGGAUCUGCCGGAGACCAACUUCCACUGCGGGGACCAGAAAUAUUUCCCCGGUCUGUACGGGGACGAGAGUCUUGGUUGUAUGGUGUUUCACGUGUGUGCACUAACUGACGACGGUCUGGUAAUGAAAUCUUUCCUCUGCCCGGAGUCGACGCUCUUCGACCAGACGAUCCUCAAGUGCAACUGGUGGUUCUACGUUGACUGCAAGAAUACCGCGCGUCUCUACGAUACCAACAUUCCUGUCUCCAAGAGCUAUCAACUCAUGAAAGCGCUAACAUUCUUCUCGUCAUACAAGAAAGAGAUGCAAGACGGCAACUCAAUGAAUCCUGAAGAUGUGGAUGGUAUUAAAGAAGCUAUUACAAUUCUAGAAAAUCAAGACUCUAAGACGGCACAGAGUAAUGUAGCUGAAAGUAUACAAAUAGUGACGCCGCAGUCUAUUAUCAUAGACGAAAGAAAUAAUCAUAGAACGCAGUACUCGGAUACAACCUCACCUGUAUACCGAGGUACUCGAGAAUUCAGUAAUUCUACUGAAAGGAGAAACGCAAGACGAAAUGCAACGAACAGUCAAGAAACAAAGGAUGACGAUUUUAAACUAAUAACAGUCAAUGCGAAUAUGAACUAUACUAAACCAUCUGGCUUUACGUUAACCGAGAAUAGUCCAAAGAAUUCUGCUGAGAGCACAGAAAGAAAAUAUAGAAGACGAAUGACUUUAAGGUAUUCACCGACGACAAAAGAAACGACCACGACCUUUAAACCCUUAGAAUUGACAACAUUUACGUCCUCAUUAGUAGAAAUCAUGAAACAAGAGAUACAACCGAUGGAAAAUUUCAAUUCACAAGUCAAACAGGAGAAAUUGACUGAUCAGAUAGAUAAAACAAUUGUUAACGAAUCCGAAACUCACUCUCCUGUUAAAAGAUUUUACAGAUCGAGUGCUGAAAGCUAUAAAGAUGAGCAGGAGUUUGAAAUAGUCGAUGACAAAAAAGUUCAAAUCGUAAGACCUACAACGAGCGCACAACUUGUCGGCCAAAAUCCAACUCCAACGGCCGCUAUAGCUAAAUUGGAUGAAGCUGUUCUUGGAAGCAGCAUACAAAGACUACAAAAGCACACAACGACAGUUGUUUCCGAGAAAGCGGGCGAUUUUUUAAGUCCAGACCGACCAGGAACGUAGUCAAAAUUUGUGUAGUCAAUAAUUAUAUUUAAGUGUCAUAUAAACCUCUUGUUAAUUUAUUUAUUACUCAUCAGAUAUGUAAGCCAAGGCCAAUGUACUGUUGUUGAUUGCGUAUUUGCUCAAUUACAUUUUAGUCUAGUUGAGAAGUCGAGGUUCAGUCAAGUGAUAUU